AUGGAGGAAAAGACCACCUCCUACGAGUAUGAGUUCUCCGCACCAUGUGACAAAGUGGAUGUCCAAGUGCUGGGGACCCGGCUGCUGCCCCCCCUCUACGCCCUGGUGUUCGGGGUGGGGCUGCUGGGCAACGUGAUGGUGGUGGUGAUCCUCACCAAAUACAGGCGCCUCUGCAUUCUGACCAACAUCUACCUGCUCAACCUGGCCAUCUGUGACUUGCUCUUCCUCUUCACGUUGCCCUUCUGGAUCCACUUCCUGAAGUCGAAUGAGUGGGUGUUCGGCAACUGGAUGUGCAAGUUGCUCUCGGGCCUUUACAGCGUCGGCUUAUACGGGGAGAUCUUCUUCAUCAUCCUGCUGACCUUAGACCGGUACCUGGCCAUCGUCCACGCCGUGUUUGCCCUGCGGACCCGGACCGUCACUAUUGGCAUCGUAAGCAGUGUCUUCACGUGGGUCCUGGCGGGGCUGGCGGCCCUCCCGGAAUUCAUCUUCCAAAAGGCCCAGGAGCAGUCUGGAAAGCUGUUCUGUAGCUCCCUGUACCCCGAGGGCGAGGAGGACACCUGGAGGCGGUUUUACGCCGUGAGAAUGAACCUCUUGAGCCUGGCUCUGCCCCUGCUCAUCAUGGUUGUCUGCUACUCCGGGAUCAUCAAGACGCUGAUGCGAUGCCCCAGCAGGAAAAAGCACAAGGCCAUCCGGCUCAUUUUUGUCAUCAUGGUGGUCUUUUUCAUUUUCUGGGCCCCCUUCAACCUGGUGGUCCUCCUCUCCACUUUUCAAGAGGCCUUCUUUGACAUCAACUGUGCGCGGAGCAACCAACUGGACACUGCUCUGCAGGUGACCGAGGUCAUCUCCUACACGCACUGCUGCGUCAACCCCAUCAUCUACGCCUUCGUGGGAGAGAGGUUCCGGCAGUACCUGCGCCACUUCUUCCACAGGCAGGUGGUGCUGCGCCUGGGCAAAUGCCACCUGCUCCUGCCCAGCGAGAAACUGGAGAGAACCAGCUCGGUGUCCCCGUCGACAGGGGAGCAUGAGCUCUCUGCUGUAUUCUAG